CUCGAGGCGGCUCGUUUGCAUCAUAUCUAACACAUAGUUUAUUACUAACCGGUUUAUGCCUCGCCUUUGCUUCUUAGAACCACUUUGACCAAAACACUAUUGUUGGUGUUCCAGCUGGGAAAAGAAUCCCAAAACGGUCUAUCACCACUUAAGUGUGUUUGUUUUAUGCGCUAAGUUAAAAAAAACGUGGAAUUUUCAAAAAACUAUUGAAAACAUUUGUCUUCAUUGAAUUCUUGGUUAAAACGGCUUUCACGGCUUUCACAUUAAUAUAUCAAAGACAAAAAUGGGUAUUAGUGGAAAGGGAUUCCAACGGACCGUUUUAAAGGCCACUAUAAUCUUAAUAGCCGUUUUUGCCAGCUUGCUAUGGAUUUCAUUCAAAACCGAUCUCAUUGACUCUCAAUCGAAGGCUCUUAUGAAUGACUAUUUGUCAACAUUAACCUCCAAGAACUUCAGCAACAAUGUAUUAUUCAAGGCAAAUGAGGAAAACGUUCCUGGGCUCCGAUUAUGUCUCGGAAUAUUUUCACAAAUCUCAUCGAUGGAUCGCCGCGCUAUGAUCCGUAAUGAAUACACCAACAUGAUCAAGGAGACUGCCAUGAAGAACGACAAUGUAACUCUCAAGUUCGUUGUGGGCAUUCCGUCCACUCGUGAAGAACUAGAUCAAGUGCGUCUUGAGUUAUUGGCAUAUAACGACAUUGAGAUUCUUCCCAUGCCUGAAAAUAUGGACGAAGGAAAGACGACUGUGUUCUUCCAAACGUUUGGGGAAAACUAUGUGCACUAUCCAAUCUUUGACGAAAGUGCAGAAAACAACUUGCGGGACAAGAUUAUGUUGGAUCGCGAUGAUUUCAAGACGCAUUACAUUGAAACGUUUGAACUACCAGGAAUGUUACGCUAUGAUGAAGUUCAAAAUUACGGAAAGGAGUACGAUUUUAUUGCAAAAGUCGAUGAUGAUACAUUCGUGAACAUUCCAUACUUGCUUCAAAAUUUGCGCCCACUUUUGGGGAGAAAAGAGCUAUAUUACGGCCGGGAUUGUUGCCGUAAGGAGCUCUUAAGUGAAAGCCGCGAAUUUCCUUACAUGUGUGGUUUCUUUUACGUCGUUUCUCCUGAUUUGGCCUUUGCUGUUAGCCAUAGACGGGAAGUCUUAUUGCCAUGGGAGGAUGUUCAAAUGGGCUACAGUGUCUACAAAUUGAAUAAAACCAAGAACUCCAUCUUUGAAAAAUCUAUUCUUACAAACGUUUGGCAAGACCCUGAACAUGAGGCAUGGAGUGUUGCUCGUCUACGCAAGAAUGCAAUUGCUGUACACAAUUUGAAAGAACCUCAAGUUUGGCUUGAGACGGCUAAGUGGUAUCGUUUAACUUAUGCCUAUCGCGCUCAAUGCAAUCGUAUUGUCUCUUCCAAGCUCAGAAACCAAUGCAAUCGUGCGAUCUUUCCCAUUGUCGAUUAUAUAAAACUGAAGAAUUAUGAACAGGCAGAAACUACUACCGAUUUUCUCAAUGUUUAGCUUACUCUGGAUGAGCGUGCUUUGCUGAAAAACGCUAUCUUCGUUCCUUUCAUCUUGUUUUAUUUAAUGUCUCGUGUUCCGCUUUCUCCAUUCUUGGGUUCUAUAGCAUGCGUUUAGUAAAAAGAAAUUCAUGCUUACGAACGCUCAAUGAGGCUUUUCCCUUAAUUUCAUAUUCGCUCUUAAAGUCGGCUCUCGGCGUUGCUUAUCAAUCACUGUCGGCUAGUCAAAGCUGUUAGUCUGCUUUAUUUUGCAAUUGGCGUCUUAAUAGCCGAAAAAGACAGUGGCCGCACAGUAUAGAAACGGAACAGACGUGUAUACUUGUACACAUCAUAUGACACUUUGUGUUUUAUUUAAAGCUUCCCUCAUUUGUUUGCCUCCUUUUAACUCUUGUUUGAUUCUGUUAGGUAUUACGCUUCAACAAACAAUUCCUCACAAGCUUACUUGUAGUGUUAAAGCAAUGAAACCCAAAUGACUUUCAGUCUUCUCUCGUUGAAAUACAUCCCAUAGCCUUCUUUCUGAAUUUUGAUUCUCUUACUACCAACCUUACAAAGCUUAAC